CCGCGAGAAUCGGGUACGAGCAGCGCCGUCUGGAAUCUUGCAGGAAUCAUUUGUCAAAUAUUUUGCAAAUUGAUAAAGUAUUGCAAUUUGAUAGAGGGAAGCGGGGUAUUUACCGAACAGGCCCUCCUUCAGAAGUGUGGAGCAUGGCUGCCGAGGUGAACGGCAACUCGACUCCGGUCAAGGAGGAUGAGGAGCCAAUGGACAUCACUGUAGCACACACAGAGAAUUACCAGACACUCAUUGACGCAGGACUCCCCCAGAAAGUAGCAGCGAGUCUUGACAAUAUCUUUCAAACAGGACUGGUGGCAUACGCUGACCUGGACGAACGGGCCAUUGAUGCUCUGAGGGAGUUCAAUGAGGAAGGAGCCCUGGCGGUCCUCCAGCAGUUUAAAGAGAGCGAUCUGUCGCAUGUGCAGAAUAAGAGUGCGUUUUUGUGUGGUGUGAUGAAAACCUACAGACAGCGAGAAAAGCAGGGCAGCAAAGUCCAAGAAUCUACAAAAGGCCCAGAUGAAGCCAAAAUUAAGGCUCUCCUAGAGAGAACAGGAUACACAUUGGAUGUUACCACAGGUCAAAGGAAGUACGGAGGUCCACCACCAGAUGAGGUGUACACUGGGUCCCAGCCUGCAGUUGGCACAGAGGUAUUUGUUGGGAAGAUUCCCAGGGAUUUGUAUGAGGAUGAGCUGGUUCCACUCUUUGAGAAAGCUGGCGCCAUCUGGGAUCUGCGCUUGAUGAUGGACCCGCUCUCUGGUCAGAACCGAGGAUAUGCCUUCAUCACGUUUUGCAAUAAAGAUGCUGCACUGGAGGCGGUAAAGUUGUGCGAUAAUUAUGAAAUCCGGUCGGGUAAAUAUCUUGGUGUUUGCAUCUCUGUUGCAAACAAUCGGUUGUUUGUUGGGUCAAUCCCCAAGAACAAGACCAGAGAAAGCAUUUUGGAAGAUUUCAGCAAAGUAACAGAGGGCCUCACUGAGGUGAUCCUUUACCAUCAGCCAGAUGACAAGAAAAAGAAUCGAGGUUUCUGCUUCCUUGAGUAUGAGGACCAUAAAUCUGCAGCUCAGGCCAGGCGCAGGCUCAUGAGUGGGAAAGUGAAGGUCUGGGGCAACCCAGUCACUGUAGAGUGGGCUGACCCAGUGGAGGAGCCUGACCCAGAUAUCAUGGCAAAGGUGAAGGUGCUAUUUGUCAGGAACCUUGCCACGCCAGUGACAGAAGAGCUCCUUGAGACCACAUUCUCCCAGUUUGGGAAGCUGGAGCGAGUGAAGAAGCUGAAGGAUUAUGCCUUUGUUCACUUUGAAGACAGGGAUGCUGCUGUCAAGGCCAUGCGGGAGAUGAAUGGGAAAGAGCUGGAGGGUGAGGAGAUUGAAAUUGUUCUCGCCAAGCCUCCUGAUAAGAAGAGGAAAGAGAGGCAAGCACAGCGACAGACCACCAGGCCGACGGGGUACGAUGAUUAUUACUACUACCCUCCACCACGCAUGCCCCCUCCAAUGCGUGGGCGGGGCCGUGGAGGCCGAGGCAACUAUGCUUACCCACCUGAUUACUACGGUUAUGACGACUACUAUGACGACUACUAUGGUUAUGAUUACCAUGACUACCGAGGCGGCUAUGAGGACCCCUAUUACGGCUACGAUGACGGCUAUGUGGUAAGGGGGAGGGGCGGCCGGGGGAACCGAGGGGCCCCACCUCCACCCCGGGGCCGCGGGGCCCCGCCUCCACGAGGCCGAGGGGGCUACGGCCAGCGAGGGGCUCCCAUGGGCGUGUCAAGGGGGAGCCGCGGAGGCCGAGGGGGUCCCCUGCCCCAGCAGAGGGGCCGUGGACCUCGAGGGACCAGGGGGAACCGUGGGGGCAACGUGGGUGGCAAGCGGAAGGCAGACGGCUACAACCAGCCCGACUCCAAACGCCGGCAGACCGCCCACCAGAACUGGGGCUCCCAACCCAUCGCUCAGCAACCCCUGCAACAAGGUGGCGACUAUUCUGGUGAAGACGCGAGAGCAGCAGCGCGUGCGUGAGGAACACACCUGUUCUCGGCUGUGUUCUUCUCCCUCUCCCAAAUCAAGGGUGAGCCUGGUUUACCUCUUCACCGCUAAACUGGAGCUACUCUCACUGUGUCCGACCUGAAUGGUUUUGCUCAGUAAAAUAAAGCUCAGCUAAAUGAACCGCUACUUAGUGGCUACUGAGGCAGUUAAUGCUGGUAAUUUAAUGCAGAUGUCGCCUGACUUGACAAAAAGUCGUGUGGUGUGAUGUUUGGCCAGAGACUUCGAAAGAAAUGCGUUUUUGUUUUACCAGCCACGUGUAAUAUAAUGCAGUUGAAUCACUGUUUGGACAGCUAGUCAUAUUUUCAUAGAUAAAAUAUCAAUAUACUGUCUGUUGUUUUUUUUCUAGCAGCCUGAUAAAAACAAAUUAGGAUUGCCGCCACCUUGUCUUGUAGUCACACUGAAAAGAAUGGUCAUGUUAGCUUUCAAACUCACCAUGUAUGAGUUGCUUUUUAAUUGAUUUCUCAAAAUCAGCAGUGGACCCUCACAAAUUGUGAAUCAAUUGUAUAUUAUAUGGAAGCUUUUUCCUCCAAAAAAAAAAGAGUGACCUUUACUGAGCAAAACAGGGAGACUACCCCUUUCCCCAAAUGUGUCACAAACACACUGUCCUGCCAUGGGUACCCAAAAGGUUCUGGUGGCCAGCACACCUAUGAACACAGCUAUGUUGAUUGAAUUGGUUCUGGACUGAAACAUGACAAUGUUUCACCUGGAGCAGUAUGAAUACUGAUAAAUAUAUGGAUUUCAAAAUUGGCCUUACUAGGAUCUGUCAAAGUGCAAUGUGGUAACAGUUUGUCGUCCGCAGUAGUCAGAACAUUGGAAUUGGGACUACCAUGGCUUCUCUGCCAUAAUGUCAAGAUACCAAGUUAAACUCUCAGAGAUAAUUGAAGAACUUUGUUGGGGGAAAAAAUGGCUGUUUAUUUGACCCGGGGGAAAAAUCUCUCAGAAUUCCUCUCGGCCAUUAUUACUUCCAAUUGGCACCUGCUCGCACAAAGAACUGUCCUCAUUUCUUUUUCUUUACAGAAUCCUCAACAUGUGUUUUGUUAAGAGGUCAGAAUCUUCAAAACAUGUUGCAAUCAUGUAGCACUUGCCUUACACUUAUUAAGAAAUUGUUAGUGAUUUGUUUUUUGUAUAACUGGUUUGGGUAUGCAUAGCCUUUGAAGUACUGAAUUACUCAAUUUGUGUAAAAAUUGCACAGAUAGUCUUGAGGGGGUCUCCAGCAAAUUGUGGAAAGUCUUUGAGAUCAGAGAAUACGCGUACUCUUGACUGGAACCAAUCUUGCACAAUAGCCCUUGAUUUCUGAUUGGAUCUGAUUGUAAUCCACACUCACAAGCAAGAGUGACAUUUCAGCUUUGUUCCUGCAUUUCCCCCCACAGAAUCCUCAAAAAGUUACAUAUCGUUCUGUCUAAUCUGGUUCACAUUGAUGAGAAUGUGAUAUCCACAUUUUUGUGUCUGAGGAGAUUCUAAUAAGAUGACAUAUUUAGGUCACUCUUCUCAGGACAAGGGCAAACAUGUAUUUUCACUUAAAUUGAUGACAUGAUAUUGUGUCAUGGUAUACUGUACUGGAAAGGCGUAGAUCUUCUGUUUUCUACAGGCGCUGUAAUAUAUUAAGGGUUUGUGUACAAUGCAUCACACCAGACAAAGAUGUCAGUCCACUUGUUUGAAUGUAUGUAUUAAUAUACUGUAUUUGAAAGAAUUUGUGAGUUUUUGCAUCUGUCUAAUCAUCUAUUGGAUUUUCUGAACUUGUGAAUAUUUCUCCGUGCAAACAUUUUCUGAAAUGAAAUCCAACUAAUGUCUGCAGGAAUAUGAUCACCUGUCACAAGUGAGCAAAUUUGUCCCUCUCCUAUCCUGGCCUCAUAAAUGACACGACAACAAACAAAGGAAAAUCAAACAAACUCCCUCACAUUUUCAAUCUCCAAUCAGAGCCAUUGAUCUGUAAACAGUGUAAAAGUGAACAGACAACAGCAAGUAAAGAAAUGUGCUUCAUUUCAGAUGCCAUUCAGGGAAAAUAAAGCGGUGUAAGUAUGGCAUUCUUGGGAUUUAACUCCUUGCUUUUGUCACCUGACUUAUCUAUUAGGACUCGUGCGUGAGGUGGCCCCCGGCAGAGUCUUACGUCACGCCGUGGACUCGCCUGUUGGGGCCGCACGGAAGACACGGACAUCAGGACAGUUCUUUGGUAAGGAAGUCCUUUUGCAGAAAAAAAAGAAAGAAAGAAAAGAAAAAAAGUUGCACUGUUCUCUCCCUUGUGUUCCUGCCUCCCCCUCACCAAUUCCCCCACCCUGCUUUUCCAUUAACACCCUCUGUGAUCCAGAUGAAAAGAAUAAGGAAUGUUGUCCGCCGCCAGGAAAUCCCAGGAGGGCAUUGAGCCGGCCUCAGAUUUGAUUUGGGGUAAGAGGAAAAGAGAGGCAAAUAACUCCAUUGUACCUCUGUUCUCAGUGGCACAAGGAGCAUGUUGAAAUUGAUCAAAUCUCUGCAUACUGCGUUAACGCUUGCUGCGUGUGAGCUUGGGCAUAGGGAGAGUUUUUGCGGAGAGGGGUGGGGUUGGUGGCUAAGCUUUUCACCGGCUUUCUGGCUGUGGCACACAGACUGACAGGCACCUGCCAGAGUGCUAUGCUUGUGAAGAGAGCUUAGGGAAGUGAUUGGCCAAACCGCAGCAGUACAGUCGCUCAAUAAAAAGCCGACAAAAAGGGCAGACUCAAAUACUUUGAUUGACAGCCAUGGAUCAGCCUUUUCCUACUUCUCUCCCCUUUUCAUCCUGUAUUCUUCUAGUCACAUGCCAAUGACUUCUCGUAUUUGAACUUUUCUCCCGCUGUACCGUAUUAAUGACGAUAGUCUUCUCAAAAAAAGGAAAUAAUUCCUUUUUCAUUUGCCCUAUUUCUCUGAGUGACGAGUGGACGCAUUACUCCUCUCCUGCUUCAGAUCAUUUGCGUUAAAGCUCUUACGCUUGCUUAUCAGAUUGGCACAUUCCUUUCGCUAUUCGCUGUUAACUGGUUGUGGAUUACAGACGAUUCACAACUUUAUUCACCAGCUUUGCAUAUCCUCGACUGAGUUAAUGAAAUCUCAGUCAUAGAUUAGCAAUCUAGGCCAGUGCUUUUCUAAAUCCGGAAGUAAGAGGAGAUGUAGGGCAACAUCAUUAUGGAUUAUUCUCCACUACGUAUGUGUAUAGUAAAACAUUUUUAAAUUGUUGGUAGAUCGUAGGUAGUGUUGUCCUAACCCCAGGAUUAUCCUCUAUUAUGCUCAUAUAGAGAUUGGAUUACACACCCGAAGUUGCACCACAGUGGAGUACUUAACGUUUAUGAUAUACCACAGUGAUGUAAAUUCCAAUGAUCAUUUUAUUUGGCAGGCACUAACAGUUUGGGAUGCACAAUAUUGGAUUUCGACCAAUAAUCAAUAUGCCAAUAUUUUGGCCAAUUGCUGACACUGAUAUAUGCAAAAGGAAAACAAAAUUAUGGGUCUCUCGUGCUGGAAUUAACAUGGAGUUGUGAUGGACGAUAUGCACAGUUCUGGAAAAAAAUAAGAGACCUUCGAAUAAGUUGAUGGCCAUAUUCAAAUUUGCAAUUGUCCCCUAAUUUUAAAUAUUACCAUCAACUCAUUCAAAUGUCACUCAGCAACCGUAGGAUGACAUCAGAAAAAUGAGACGUGGUCUCUUUUUCCAGAGCUGUAGGCAUAAAACUUUCAAUCUCAUUAAUUUUACCCAAAAUUACAUUUUCAAAUACAAGAUGAACACAUUAUUGGCACAACCCUUAUAGGUUGUGCCAAUACUAGUCUUGCCAAUUCACCUGCCAAUACCAAUAAUACAAUUCUUAAGAUCUUAUCUGCCAAUACCGACAAAGAUCCUUCAUUACUAUCCGCUUUAACCCUCUCUGAUACCGAUACUCUGCUGAUAGAAUCAUGCAUCCCCAGUAACAGUAGGUUUCUCUCUUUAAUCUUUAGUAAUAAAUGCAGGUAUUACUUUAACUGAACAUGCAGUGCUUUAAAAUCAAAAACACAAUUAGCAAUACAUUACAUCUUGUGCUCUUGCCUGGCAAUUCUGUACUGCUGUCAGUAGUCUACACUUAUGCAGUUGCGCCAUAUUAACAAAAUAUGUUUUCAACCUCCAACCUGUAAUUCAUACUCAAUAAAGUUUUUUAUGAACAAUG